AUGUCCCUCCCUGCCCACUUUCCCAUCGUGCGCCCCGGUUGCACCGAGGUUUCUACUAAGUUCUUCGACUGCUUUCGAGAGGCUUGCCAGCCAGAAGGAAACGUCGAGAAGGCGCGUACGGCAGUACAGCGCUGUGAGAAGGAACUUGAGGAAUACAAUAAGUGUUUCGAGGAGAGCUUGAAGGGCCGUGCUCAGCCUGUUGUUCUUACUAGAUGGGAACAAGUCGAAGAGAUGCUGAAGGAUGACGAUUGA